AUUGAGAGGGGGUAUAAAUGAAUUAACCUUAUAGUUCUGUGCUUAUAGGUAUAUUUCAACCAUGAUUAGUGAUUCUACUGGAUAUAGCACCUAAGUCACAGCAGCUGCACUACUGCCCUAGUGAGAGACGUGAGUGAGUGGGCUCCGAAAAGUGGAAAUCGUCUAGGUCUGUCCUGUGUGUCUAGUGUUAUUGCUAAUAUUGCUUAUUUCUCGUCAACUAUAAUAUUAUUGUUCUUAUAAUAUUUCACCUCAAUUCCACAAGUUUUGAUCUAUUGAUUGUCACACGGUCCCGAAGUCAAAAGUGUUGAACGAAAAAAAACAUGAUCGUCGACGCGGUUCAAGAAAAUGAGAAUGGGUCCGGCAAUUGCGAUGGCCCUGAUGCUAUGUACAUCAAGCUGAUUUCGAGUGAUGGGCACGAGUUCAUUGUUAAGCGGGAACAUGCCUUGAUGUCGGGUACGAUCAAAGCCAUGUUGAGCGGACCCGGUCAGUUUGCAGAGAAUGAAACAAACGAAAUCCACUUCAGAGAGAUACCCUCGCACGUGUUGCAUAAUGUUUGUAUGUACUUCACGUACAAAGCUCGUUAUUCGAACAGUUCUACUGAAAUACCAGAGUUCAUCAUCAAGCCUCAAAUCGCUUUGGAACUACUCAUGGCUGCCAACUUUUUAGACUGUUAACUGCCCUCAACGACUGAAUAUUACUACUACUAAUAUUAAUAUUUCAAGUUUAUAUAAGUAUCAUCCAGUGUAUCCUACUUUUAAAAACAAUUUUUUUUAACUCAACAAUAAAAGUAACAACCAAAUAAAAUUAUAAUAUUUAAAUGUGUACAGUGUACAUCAAAUAUUAUAGUCAAUAUUUUAUAAUGCUCAAGUUAAAUUUUAAAAUACUUUUUCAAAGUGUCUAUUUUCUUAUAUCAAAAUACAAAGGAGUUUGUUUAAUAUUUCUAUUACUUAAUUUGUUAUUUAAUACCUACCUUGAGCACAUUGUUUAAAUCAUGUCAUAUUAUUACAAAUACAAUUGUUACUUAUGUAAUAUCUGGUAGAGGCUACAGCCCUGCCCUCCACCUCCUACAAAAGUGAUUGGCUCUAGUUGUGUCACUGACUAUAAUAAAUCUGAUCUUCACAUUUAGAAGUUUUGUAGCCGUAGAGGAAAACUAUAUUUUUAUAAAAUUAAAAAUUAAAUGUUGUAAACAAAUAAUUAAUAAUUAGAUAUAUGAAUAAAACAGUAACUUUUCCAAUUUAA